AACGUCAGUUUGGUUGUAUUGUUAUUGUAUGGGUUUGCUUGCUUAACUAGAAUACCCAAAAUUAUCUUUUUGCUCGCUUCCUACAUUUAAAUAGUUAGAUACCAACAAAUAUCAGUUUUUCAAUUACAAAUGAUUGAACAGUGACUUGAAAAUGGCAAUUUUUAAUUUGAAAAAUUUCCCUGAUGUUUGCCGUUUGUGUAUUCAACCAAAAACAAGCGUGGAAUUGAUACCUAUUGAAACAAGUACUCUAGCGAAUGUUGAUCGUACUCUGCUGGAGCUGCUCGAUGAAAUAACCUCUGAGAUCCCGAAGGAUGUUCCCGAGCGACUACCGAAUGCAAUUUGUUCUACAUGUUUUGCCGUUUUCGAAUUUGUCGUUCAAUAUCAACAGAAGAUUAAAUUGCUUACUAAAUUUAUUAUUGCCUUGGCUCACUUGAAAGCAGGAAGCAGCCAAGCAAUUUUGGAUAUAUUUAGCACAGACGGAUCCAAACUUAAGCAGAUAAUUAAAGAACUGGGCUUAUGCAGAAAAGAGGAAGUGCAAGUGGAGGACUUUUUGGAAGAAUUUAACGCCCCGAAUGCUAAAUUAGAUGAAGAGGUUUUUAACGAAACCAAGUUGCCAUCUACAGAAGGUACGGGAAUGAAAUGCGAUUACACGGAAUAUUACAACGUUGAAUAUAUAGAUGAAGACAGUCAAUCAAAAGUUCAAGAACUUUCUGAAGUUAAAUAUUCCGAAGAACCAAUUGUUGAGUAUUUAGUGGAAAUCGACGACGAAAAUGAGACAAUUAAAAAUGUGUCGAACAAAUGUGUUGCCCCUAUUGAUACAAUUCAAAAAUCAAAGCCAAAGGUUAGAAUGUUACAAUGCAAUUAUUGUGCUUAUCGAACGACCUCAAAGGAUAUGUUCCAGAACCACAUCGAAAGACAUGAACAUCCGGAUGACGAGAAUCCGUGGAAAUGCUCCUAUUCUAAAUGCAGUGAGGCAUACCCUACAAAAGAAGAUCUCUUGCGGCAUAAAAAAGAAAUUCAUUCUAAAUACGUUUGCGAUAUAUGCGGAACGAUUUUAAAACAUAAGUAUACAUUAGAGGUACAUCUACGACGACACGCAGGCGAUAGUAAAUAUCCUUGUCAAUACUGCUCGACAUCUUAUUUCACUGCAAAUGAGCUUAAACUUCACCUGUCGGUCAUGCAUUUAGCAGUUGCAGAUGCCCAGUGUAGUACGUGCGGGUUGGCGUUUAAAAAUAAAAAAUCACUGAGGCUUCAUGAAAAAGCUCACUCCAAUCAGCGGAGUUUCCCAUGUGACGAAUGUAGUAUGGCUUUUAAAACAUCUGCCCAUCAGCGACGACAUCAUAAUACUGUACAUCGGGUUAUUAAGUUUCACUGUACAUUGUGUCGGGCGAGCUACGGUCGUAAAGAUAAGCUGCGAAUGCACAUGGAAAAGGCGCAUAAGAUUCAAACAUACUUUCCGUGUCACAUUUGCCUCAAGUCCUUUUCUGCAGCAGAUGAUUUGGAGGAGCAUAUGAUGCACCACAGAAAUCCGAAACACUUAGAAUGCGGAACAUGCCUUGCAGCAUUUACCGAGCAGGUUGAGUUCAACGAUCACCUUUGUAUAACGUAUCGCGAUGAUUACGUCUGCUGCGACAGAGAUUUCAAGUUUCACUUGCAGUACAACAAACAUAUGUUUCUGGCACAUGGUCUUAGGACCAAUGUACGGGUUAAACUGGCGUCUAAUCAGCUUCUGGGAGCAACUCGAGCAUCCCGAAAAGCAAUAGAACGUUGUACCAGAUGCGGUCAAUCUUUUCCCACAAGAAAGCAAAAGAAAGAGCAUACUGCAUCAUGUAAUAUGGAUCAACAAAUGGAUUUACCAUGUUUGGAGACUGUUCCGUUCCACGAAAACUUAGAGGGAUCACUUUCCUUCUCAAAUGUACAGUCCAUUGUAUAACGAUUGAAAACAUGAAUAACCGCCCAAUUACCAGUUCUGUUGAUUGUCAGCUUAUGGAAGCUGCAUGUUUAUACUGAAGAACGUCUUAAGGUGAAACGGAACGUGGUCGCGAUCAACUCGAAUUUUACAAUCUAAUUUUUUCUUGAUUUAUGAAGACUACGUACAUGAAACUUUGAUCAAUUGUUUUCACAACUGUUGCAUGCCUAGAGUAGCAAUUUGAGUGCUGUUUAUUUAGUGGAAGCCGAGUUUUUUACGAUCAAAAUACAGGAGUAAAAAGAACUCUAACCUCAAAAUUGUAUAGGAAAAGGCCACAAUCCCGUUUCACCUUAAUUAAGGGUUAUCCAGCAGAAUUGUUUACUGGGCGAUAAAACAAUCAGGAAUAAAUACUUUAAAUACACAUUU